ACUACCCUUUCCCAAUAGAAGACGACUUUUAUCGUUUUUAUCAUUCCAAGUCCGUGAAAACCUCUCAUACUUUCGCCCUUUGCUUCAUUUCCACAAAGAUUCUCUCUUUUUCGCCAAGCUCAUCGGUGAAAUUCCGUCCAGUUUGCAGCUUUUCUUUGCCUUUCGAUCGGCAAAUCAAAUACCCUUUUGUUGAUUUCUCAUCUGUGAUGAUGGGUGUCUGCACCCGGUGUUCCCAUACUUCUCAUAUUACUGAGAUCGUCAUUACUAGCUUCUUUCGCCACAAGCUUUAAACCCCAUUGAUUUUGAUAGAUUCAAGCAAAUCUCUUUGUCGUUUGAUCUUUGAUUCAUGGAUAUGGAAACUUGAAUACAACCCAUCUCCUUCUUUUUUGGUUUCGUAAAUCUAUGGCUGCUCAUCCUCUUGACCUUGAUUCCUCCUUCAAUUUUGGGUCUUCUUCUUUUCGAGGUGCAAACUCAAUUUUGAGCUUUGAUGAUGCUAAAGGGAUAACAAACAAACCAUUCUUCUUCUCAUUUGAUCAAGAAGAUAACAUAGUAGAUGAUGAUUUAGAUGGUUAUAACUUUCAUAAACAUGAAAAGAAAAGGAGACUUACAAAUGACCAAGUCCAAUUCCUGGAGAAGAAUUUCGAAACAGAGAAUAAACUAGAACCUGAUAGAAAACUCCAGCUUGCUAAGGAUUUAGGUUUGCAGCCGCGUCAAGUUGCUAUAUGGUUUCAAAAUCGACGGGCUAGAUGGAAGACAAAGCAGAUGGAGAAGGAUUAUGAUGGGUUAGAAGCUGAUUACAAAGAACUCAAGGUUAACUAUGAUAGCCUCCUUAAGGAAAAGUCCAAACUUGAAUCUGAGGUAAUGAAGCUCAAAGAAGAACUGCUGAAGAAGAAGAUGAACGAUCCAGAAUCACCAGAGCACGACACGCCCUCUCGAAUUCAGAAUGUUGAACCUAUUCCUAAUUGGGAGGAAGAAAAAGAGGUGGGGAAGAUAUCAAUGAAAGAUGGAUUUAUAGAUUCAGACAGUCCACAGUCGAUCGAUCAAGGCUACUAUUCUUGGCAUAUUCCUGAAACCCAUCACUCAGAUUCAUCGAUAGAUGAAGAAGAAAACCUUAGCACGAGUAUGUUGUCGCCGCUGCUGCUUCCUUUCGAAGAUUCUACUUGCGAGUUUGGUGGGUUCCAAGAUGAAGAUCAGAUUUUUGGGUUCUAAUUGCUUUUAAGUGAGCUCAAUCAAAACAACAAUAAUAAUAAGAAUAAUCCUUUGUUAAAUAGGUGUUUGUUUCCUUUUAAGACAUGAAGAUUAUGCUGUGUUGUGAAGAUUAUUAUUGUCCAAAUAAAAACAAGUAUUUUGUCCUACACUAUAUAAGGACAUAUGUGAUUUUCAUUUGCUAUCUA